GUGAAAAACUUUCACUCAGCCUGCUCCCAAAGUCUCAUCAAAAAUCAUCCUAAUCGACUCUUAUGCUGUUUACUCCUCCUUGACCAUGUUUUUGUUCAUUUUGUUUAUUAUUUGUUCAUUUGUUUAUGCAAUCCAAAACUCCGCGUUCCCUAUCUCUCUAUUCAAAUUCACAAAUUCAUUAUGAAUGAACUGAACUCCAGCUAGAGGACAUCCUCUAACGCAUACCAUAGUAAAUAAACACAUUCAAGUUGUUAAAAAACUGACACGGAAACAUAUGAGGCGGACUUUAGUCCAGAAAGCGAAACCUCUUAACAAAGAAAGAGCAAGCAGACUGUACACGGAAAAGCUAUCUGACAUAAAAUGGACAUCACUAAAAGAUUGAUGUUGGAUGCACUUGACGAACUUGUAAAAGCAGAGUUCAAAGAUUUCAUCUGGCACCUGUCUAAUGGUGUGGCAGAAGACAUCAAACCUAUUCCUCGAGGAAAGCUGGAGGAAGUUGAUCGUUCGGAUGUGGUGGACUGCAUGGUAAAGCAGUACAGUGAUGAUGCUGGGAAGAUAACAGUCCAAGCACUGCGCAACAUCAAACAAAAUGAUCUCGCUAAGCGCCUUGAGUUGAAGUUCCGGGAAGUUCAGCAGCCUGUGCAGGAUGCAAGACAUGCUCCAGUGCCUGUGGAGCCGCAGCCCCUCCAGUCUGAUGGGAAACUCCGCAACAUGACUCAAUCCAGCCAAGAGUUUAAGCAAAAAAUGCUUCAAGAUGUGGGAGAUGAAAUUUAUAGACCAGCAAGUUCUCAGAGGAAAGGCUCAGCUCUGCUGAUCACCAACAUUGUAUUUGACUAUAAAGAGUACAACAGGGUCGGAGCAGAGAUAGACGAGGAGAACAUGGAUUGGCUGCUGAGAGCUUUGGGUUACAGCGUUGUGAAACGCAGAAAUCUCUCUGGAGAGGCAAUAGAUAGAGAAGUCAGAAACUUCUCUAAACUUCUCCCUGAACAUCGAGACUCAGACAGCACCUUUGUGGUCAUCAUGUCUCACGGGAGCAGAAUUAACAAUAGAGAUGCCAUUUUAGGUGUCCAUUAUCAUGAGAAGAAUAACCCCAAAGAUGUCUACUUUGUUGACGAGACCUUCUCCCAUCUGAACUCAGUGAACUGUCCCGCUCUGAUUCAUAAACCGAAGGUUAUUCUCAUUCAGGCCUGCAGAGGAGACCACCCAGGAGGUGUGGAAGUUCGUGACCAAGUGCCUGAGUCAGACUCCUGGUUUCACGAGGAGAAAGACUUUGUCUGCUUUAUGUCCAGCCUCCCUGAUACUGCAUCUUACAGGAAUGCUAUAACUGGAAGUCACUUUAUCAAUUACAUAGUGGAUGUUUUCUGUGAACGGGCUCAUGAACAUCACAUUAUGGAGUUAUUCACGAAGGUCACCUCAGGCAUGGCGACACGCCCAGGAAGAACACGUGACAAACUCUUGCCGUGUCUAGAAAGAACAUCCCUUACAAAGAAAUUCUACCUGUUUCCUGGGCUCUGAUGUACAGGUUAAAUCAAAAUUGGCCUUUCGUGCUAAAAACCUGUGUUGUAAUUGUAACCUUUUACAUUUUAUUCAUUCAUAUAUAUAUAUAUAUAUAUAUAUAUAUACUCAUUCGUUCCAUUGCCAUUUUUAUAUAGGCAAUCAAUUUUAAUUUUUCGACUUAAUCUCAUCUCAUUUUUCGACAUUUGCUCACACACUGUAAAAAAAUGUUUCAUUUUGAAAAAGUGUUCUUGCUUUUAACUUUUACUUAAAUAUCCCAGUUACCACAUAGUAUAUACCAUUUCAAGUUGACUAAACUUAAAAUCUUAAGGCAACAAGUACACUUACUUUUUCUUUACAGUGCAUAUGUUUCUAUUACCAA